GCCCACUGGAGAGCAUACUUGUGAUUACAGUAAAUUAUAUGUAUCAAGAAGAAAAGGGGACCAAACCUGAGUCCCUCCAGGAGUUUGGGCAGAUUUUACCAGUUCAGCAAGAUGAAAACAAAUAAAAUCCAGCAAGCAAACCUGGAAACAAGUUAGCACAGAUUACUGCAGUAUACCUAAUUCGUUCUAUACGUAAAGCAGAGGAGUACUUAAAGACACAAAGCCCAGUUUCUUCACCUCAUGAAUGAGAAUGUUGUGAGAGAGUCAAAAGCCUCACUGAAGACAACCACUGCUUUUCCUUACCCACACAGCCACUGAUUUCACCACAGAAGACAAUCAGGCUGGUCAAGCCCUUGGUCAAUACAGGUUGAUUGUUCCAGAUUACCUUCUUGUCCUUCCCACAUUCAGAAAUGGAUUACAGAAGAAUAUGCUCCAUGAACUUUCCAGUGACUGAGAUGAGCUGGACCAGAGUGAGCAGGCUGCAUACAGCUCUGAAACUUGUUUCAAAAGGAUCCUUUCAGCUGCAGAUCAUUAUGUCAUCCUCUCUGAAGAGCUGCCAUUCUGUUCCUGGCUAACCCCUUUAUGAAAGCUGGGCAAACUCAGGGUGUCUGAGCUGGGAGGUGGCUAAACAUAUUCCAGUAUUCUCCUAGAGCUUGAGAAACAUGGUAGGAGACAAACAGUAAGCUUGGCUUUCCCAUGUAAUUUGCUGGAAGUCUGAUUUGUUGGCUCUCCUAAGCGAAGUACUCAUCACCAGUCUUUUCUUCUGAAUUAUUUGGGCACAGCAUUUGAGAGUCUGCUUUAAGAAGAUAAAACUUGUGGGUUCAGUUUCUGCCUCUGCCAUCAGCUUGCUAUUGUGCUGUUUAUUUUAGUCAGAUACAAUGUCUGCUCCUAGUGGCUUCCCUGGCCCAUCUGCGCCGCCUUCUUAUGAGGAGACAACAGGCAUCCAUGUUAACAAUUCUCACCCCUAUCCUGUCCCAGAACCUGGACAAAGACCAAAUUCGAAGGGAGCCAACCCUCCUCCUUAUGUUGUACAGCCUGGGCCAACACCUAACCCUGUUACAGUUCAGACUGUGUAUGUGCAGCAACCAGUAGUAUUUUACGACCGCCCGGUUCAGAUGUGCUGCCCUUCCUGUAACAAGAUGAUAGUGACGCAUCUUUCAUACACCUCAGGAGCAUUAACUUGGCUGUCAUGUGGUGGCCUCUGCCUGCUGGGGUGUGUAGCUGGCUGCUGCUUAAUUCCCUUUUGCAUUGAUGCACUCCGGGAUGUGGAUCACUUCUGUCCAAACUGCAAAGCUUUUGUUGGUUCUUACAAGCGUUUGUAGGCAGUGUUUAAAUAUUGAUAAAGAUUAAUUGCUGAGGUUUAUUAGCACCUCUACAAGCCCUUUCUGAAGCUUCAUGGAGACUUUUGGUUGCUUCUGUGCCUCCUGUCACUGGAAUGAAUCAAAAAAAAAUGUAUUGCUGGAUGUUUGAAUAAGAAUUUGCUUAAGGAGACUCUAACUUAGGUCUAUAAAGAGGACAUGUAAUCUUUAUGGGCCACUUAGUUCAGCACCAAUUGGUAGUGGCCAAAUGUUGUCCCUUUCUGCUUUAUGCAAAACAAGUUGAUGACGUGGUCCAGUUAACGUUAUCUCAGUCAUGUUGCACGCUGGUGUGCUUGCUCACAGCUUCAGCACAGACCAAGAGGAGAACGUCCAUGGAGACGGUCACAGUCUCCUGCUUGGUGGUGAUGCCUUUGGAACAGCACUGUUAACAAACUGGCAGGAGUCGUUCACCUCUGGGACAGGCACCCCUCUUUGGCAAAAGAAGUAAUUUGGUGCCAGUGUUAUCAGUUGGGCACUUUUUAUGAGCACUAAAAUUCACUUUAAAACAUUCUCACUGAAAGAGAACCAAACCCUGAGUCUUGUUCCUCCUUGAAGGCUGCUUUACCAAAUAGUCAACUCAGGUUAUUGUGCCGAUGGUGUUUUCAUCUAGUAUCUAAAUUUCCUUGCCAGUUUUCAGUCUAGUCAUAUCUCCACUUCAUGGUAAAGAUGUUCAUGCAAGAGUUUUUUAUAAAUAUUUUUUAAGAUUUUUUUCUUUUUUACUGCUGAUUUAUAAGUCUGUGAAAAGUUCCCUUCUUUCUCCGCCCCAGGGGAAAUUCUGAUAGCAUUGAAAGACUUCCUUUUACAUUUACACAAAUCAAAUGACAGAUUAUAAACAAACCUCAGACUUUUCUUAAGGCUAGAAUUUUGUCUGCAAAACAUGAAUGAAUACGGGAACUGUGCUUUUGUUUGUUGAUCUGUUUGUUAAUUGCUAUUUCCUCAUUAAGAAGGUAACAUGUUUGUUAAGGAGUUUCUCAGA